UCUGGUCCGGCUGUUCUUGUCUGGCGGUAACCCCGAAAACAAUAGCUUAAACGACAGCGUUUCGUACCGAAUACCGAUUGCGCCCCCUCGCCCCCUCUCUCAGAUCGCCGCCUCUCUCGUUCUCUCUGUAUUCGAUUUGUCUGAACCAGCAGCGCCUAAGUCAUCUGCAUUCUGCAUACACUUGAUCUCAUCUUUUGAAGAUGAAUAUGCAGCAAGUUGCGCAGCCCAGAUCUUCCUCUUCUUCAUCUUCUUCGUCUAAUGGAUAUGGCCGCCGUAAAGUUGAAAAAGAUGCUGCGACUAGGUCCGAUAAUAAGUCUCAGGGCGGUAAAACAAAUUAUAGCAGGACUAAUUUUGUAGGGGGGCUUGAAUCACCUUCACGUGACCGAUUAAUGUAUUUGACUACAUGUCUCAUCGGGCAUCAAGUGGAAGUCCAGGUCCUGGAUGGAUCUAUAUUUUCUGGAAUAUUUCACGCGACAAAUGCAGAGGAUUUUGGAAUUGUUUUGAAAAUGGCUCACUUACUUAAAGAUGGUUCUCGAGGACAGAAAAGUAUUUUGGACUUUCCUAGCAAGCCUCCUGCUAAAACUUUUAUCAUACCAGCUAAGGAUCUUGUACAAGUGAUAGCAAAGGGAGUGCCUGUAACUAGGGAUGGCCUGACAAACGAGCUCCAACAUGAAAAGCAGCAAGAGAUUAUGACAGAUUCGUACAUAUCACAGUCCCGUCAUGUAGAUGCGGGGAGAGAAUUGGAGCCUUGGAUGCCUGAUGAAAAUGAUCCUAGUUGUGCUGGAUUGGAUGACAUAUUCAACAACCCUUGGAAUAGAGGCUGGGAUCAGUUCGAAGCAAAUGCGGCUUUGUUUGGAGUGACGAGCACCUUCAACGAGGAACUUUACACAACAAAGCUCGAGAGAGGCCCUCAGACGAGAGAAUUGGAAAGAGAAGCUAUGCGGAUUGCUAGAGAGAUUGAGGGCGAGGAAACCCGUGAUCUUCAUUUAGCAGAGGAGAGAGGUAUGCAACUUGAUGGAGAUCUUGAAGUUGAUGAAGAAACACGAUUUUCUUCAGUGUACCGGGGAAUAGUUGAUGACAGUGGAUAUGACGAGAUUGAGAACAUCUUGUUAGAUUCCCGAAAUGAUGAAACAUUUGGAGGUGUCUCCAGUUCUGUUAUUGGCAAACCUCUGACAGACACGAGUAUCAGGAAAACUAGUGAUGGAACUCAAACGUCCUCCAGAUUUCUAUCAAUGGGCGACGUGCAGUCUUCUUUGACUGCUUUGGUCAGGGAUAGCUAUCAUUCAGGUUCUAUUAAUCAUGGUCCACAGCUGCCAACUGAACAGCUUCAUAAACAGUCCUCUUUGAUUGAUGCAAGCAGGGUUCAUGAUAACCAAUUUAGUGGAGAUGCCGAAAGUAGUUACUCUAAGGAGGAUAAAGAAAAGCAAUUGGUACUUGAUAAGAGUCGAUCAUCAAAAUCUGAGGAUUCAUUAUUGAGAUUAAAGAAAGAAAGCUCUGAUAAGGUUGCAUUGUCUCCAAAUGCUACAGCAUUCGAUCCAUCACUUAGAUCAUCCAAAGGUCAGGAAAAAGCGAAUUCUUCUAAUGAGCUGCCAGGGGAGCCAAUACCCUCCAAAAUACAAGUGUCCGCAACUAAUCUUGGCCGACCCGGUAGUUCUGCAUCAUCCAGUUCCGACUGUGGAGGCGCUGUUUCAACUUCCGCUACCAGAGGAUUUUCGCCCAGUCCAUCUGUUAGUUCCUUGUCCUCAGAAAAGUCGUCCCUGAAUCCGAAUGCCAAGGAAUUUAAAUUCAAUCCGAAUGCAAAGAGUUUUGUCCCAACUCAGGCAUCUUUGAGACCUUCUUCUCCAGCUCUUGAUAGUCCAUUCUACUAUCCAGCUAAUGUGGCACCUGUGUCUCAGAUGCAUGGAAUGCCUGUUGGUAUUGGGAUGGGGCCUUCGUUUGCUGCACAGCAGCCUCUUAUGUUCAAUCCACAGGGUGGACAAAUGCCACAGCAAUAUUAUCAUCCAAAUGGACCGCAGUAUGGGCAGCAGAUGAUGAUUGGACAGCCUCGACCACCAGUCUUGUACAUGUCUGCCUACCCGCAGGAAAUGCAGUACAAGGGAAGGGAGUAUUGAUCAAUGGUGACAAAGCACGCGAAAAUUGCGUUGACCCGGAGAUGACCGUUGACCUGUGCCCCUAUAGGAUUUAUUCUUUUCUUUUUCUUUUUUCAAGGAUAUGUCAACAUAUAUUAGAAGUUAGUACACUGACCAUUUCCUGUAGUAUCUUUGAUGUUCUAACAUGGAGAUUGCUACAUUUUCUUUUUUUUUUUUUUU